AUGGUGCCCCUGCUGCUGCUGCUGGCCCUGCUGUGGGGGGGGUCCCUGCAGGAGAAGCAAGGGUUCGAGCUGCGCGUGCAGGAAUCAGUGACGGUGCAGGCGUGCGGGGGCGUCCACGUGCCCUGUUCCUUCUCCUACCCCUGGUAUACCUCUGGCCAACUCUACAUCUAUUGGUUCCGGGAAGGGGACAACGUAAACACUGAACCUGUGGCCACAAACAACCCAAACAGACGAGUGAAGCCAGAGACCCAGGGUCGUUUCCGCCUCCUUGGGGACCCCUGGAAGAACAACUGCUCCCUGAGCAUCAGAGACGCCAGGAUGAGUGACACAGGAGUGUACCUCUUCCGAGUGGAGAGAGAACCUGGUGUGAGAUACACUUACAGAGAUAAGAGGCUGAAUUUGCAGGUGACAGUGCCAGCAGGGAAACCCAACAUCCACUUUCUGGAGCCUCUGGAGUCCGGCCGCCCCACAAACCUGACCUGCAGCCUGUCACUAGUUUGUGAAGUGGAGCAGUUUCUCCUGUUCUCCUGGGUGGGGGAUGCCCUUGAUGCGGUGAACACAGAAGCCCUCCACUCCUCGGUGCUCACCCUCACCCCGAGGCCCCAGGACCAUGGCACCUACCUCACCUGUCGUGUGGAACUCCGAGGAGCUCAGGUGACCAUGGAGAGAACCAUCCGACUCAGUGUCUCCUAUGCUCCGUGGAACCUCACCAUCAGCAUCUCCUUCAGAAACGUCACAGGUCUCUCUUGCAUUUUCCCCAAAGCCCUCAAGAUUCUGCAAAACACCUCAUCCCUUCUCAUCUCGGAGGGUCAGGCUCUGCAGCUGCUCUGUGUUGCUGACAGCAACCCCCCUGCACAGCUGAGCUGGUUCCAAGGGUCCCCAGCCCUGAACCCUACCCCCAUCUCCAUCACCAAGACCUUGGAACUACCAGACUUAGGAGCUGCACAAGGAGAAUACACCUGCCAAGCUCAGAACCCUCUGGGCUCCCAGCACAUUUCCAUCUGCCUCUCUGUGCAGAAAAGCCCCUCUUCCUGCAGCUGUGUGACUGAGGAGCAGCAGGGCUCCUGGCCCCUGGUCCUCACCCUGAUCAGAGGGGCCCUCAUGGGGGCUGGCUUCCUCCUCGUCUAUGGCCUCACCUGGAUCUACUACACCAGGUGUGGAGGCCACUAGGCAGCAGGGCUGAGAGGUGUGGCUGAGUCUCCCUCCUCCUCAAGACGGGAAUCAUGUGAGGUUGGGGAGCCCAGAGGACAGAUGUGGGGACAUCAUUGUUAGCUUCUUCCUGGAAACACUCGACUCAAACCCUGUCUCAUCUGUAUCCACGAGGUUUUAAUUUGUGGAGGUGACUGUGUGAUGACAUGAAGAGUCAAUACCAUUGAAAGGAAACUUUUAUCGGUUACAUUUUUCAAG